CGCAUCGCUCGUCUUAUCGCGACAGAAUUGCGUGCUCGUUACUCGUAUGGUACAAAAUACAGCCUGUCUUGCGCAUAGAGAUGAUGUCUACAGCGAUUGAGCCUCAAUACAUUUCGGAAGAUGCGGACCACCUCUCUUGUUGCAGCUCUCGCCGCAGUCAAAUUGGCUGUGGCUAAAGGCCCAUUUCUCCAACAGGUUUCCUCGACUCAAUGGAUCAUUGGCAACGACCUUUGGAACCUCACCCAGGGCGCGACUUAUGCCACCAAUCUUCAGUACCAGGGUUCUGAUGCAGUGGGCAAAGCGCAAGGCCACUAUGCCGGCGUUGACGGCGAAGCAAAUCUCGUCUACACCAGUGCCAAGAUUGUGUCUAACUCCGCAGACUACAUUGAUGUUGCAUUCUCCUCAUCGCUUGGUGACUUCCAUUGGGUUAUUUAUGCUGACCUAACGGGUGCCUACCAAUACUUUGUCAACAAGGCACUUCCCGACCUAUCCAUCUUCCGGACCCUGUGGCGUCUCGACCCAAACCGAUUCACGCGUGGCUACAACACCAACAAAGAUGACAAACUACCAGAAUUUGCUCUGUAUGCCAAUGCUCCAGAGAUUCAGGACGAGACGUUUCAGUUCCCGGAUGGCAGCUAUGUAACAAAGUACGACUUUGCGAACUACGUGCGAGAGAGAGACUUUAUCGGCGUGUAUGGUGACAAAUCGGGGAGCUGGUACAUCCAUCCCACGAACGACUACCAGCCGGGCAAUCACCUGAGUCAAACGCUAACGGUGCACCGCGAGUCCGCAACAGGUGAUGCUGUACAGCUCAAUGUUGUGCAAGACACGUCUCACUUUCGUGUCGGCGCUAAAACAAAGCAACCCGUAGGCAAGAUCUGGGGUCCAUGGCUCUGGUAUUUGAACGACGGUUCCGUUUCCGACGCCAAACUCCGUGCUGCUAAAGAGCGAGCGACAUUCCCCUAUGCGUUCUUGAACGAUACCGCUUACCAUGCACGUGGCUCCGUUAAGGGCAAACUCACCCUUUCCGACGGUCGCCCUGCAGCUGGUGCAGCAGUCUUUCUUGGCGACUCCGAUACGUCCAUUCGCCCGCUCAUCCAAGGAUCGAAUUAUUACUACACCGCCUUCGCCGAUGCUACCGGGUCGUUCUCGAUUUCUAACGUACGCGCCGGCUCCUACGGUCUGAUUGCUGCGUCAAAUGGCGGUGCCAUUGGCAACGUGUACACGAACUUCACAUCCACGGUCGCCAUCAGCAAGGGCAAAUCCGCGGAUCUAGGUAGCCUCACAUGGACCGUACCUUCGAACACACAAAAGAUCUUCCAGAUCGGCGACUUCGACAAGAAAGCCACCGGCUUCACCAACUCGGGUCCGCACGUACACGGCCUGACAGAGCAAAGCCCCGCAAACCUUACCUUCACCGUCGGCACUUCCAAAACCUCCGACUGGUACUAUGCAUCCUCCAAGAUUGGAAGCUGGGAUAUCGUGUUCAACACCUCUGCGCCUUCAAAGACCGCCAAGGCCUUGCUGAGUGUGUCGCUCGCAGGCUACUCGCAGUCUACUUCUCUGACAAUCUACCUGAAUGGCAACAAGACGAUUGGCACAAUUAGCAAGGACACGUUGACGAGCGAUCCGGCACUGUAUCGCUCAGGGACUAUCAGCGGAGAGUGGCGAUUUUUGCAAUACGAGAUUGCCGCGGCGGAUCUGAAGCAAGGCAAGAAUGUCUUGAGCUUCGCCACGGAUAGGUACACGCAGUGGAGAGGUAUACUGUGGGACAGUAUUAUCCUGGAGUGGGUUGUGUAAAGCCUGUAAAGUUUAGUGAGCCGAAC